ACGGAAGCCCUCAGCUUGCGGGUGUCGGUAGAACCCGGAUUCCGGAGUUUCACAUUCUUUGGAGCGGGGUUUCUGAACACGGCGGGUGGGAAAACCCGGCGCCCGGAAGCCUUCGCUUUCUUUGACGCAGGGGCUCUGGACGCAGCAGCCGUCGGCCCAGCGCCCAGCCAGGAACGACCCCAGACGGAGCCUUCGGAGUUCCUCUGCCCCCACCGCAGGGUCUCAGAGCUUCGGUCCUCCUCGCCGCUCUCCUUGUGGCCAUGGAGUGUCCGCACCUCAGCUCAAGCGUCUGCAUCGCUCCGGACUCAGCCAAGUUCCCCAACGGCUCCCCGUCGUCCUGGUGCUGCAGCGUGUGCCGGUCCAACAAAAGUCCCUGGGUCUGUUUGACUUGUUCAAGUGUCCACUGUGGAAGGUAUGUGAAUGGCCAUGCCAAAAAACAUUAUGAAGAUGCACAAGUACCCUUAACCAACCAUAAGAAAUCAGAAAAGCAAGAUAAAGCUCAGCACACAGUGUGUAUGGACUGCAGUAGCUAUAGUACAUAUUGUUACCGCUGUGAUGAUUUUGUGGUUAAUGACACCAAACUGGGACUGGUACAGAAAGUCAGAGAACACUUACAGAACUUGGAAAACUCAGCUUUCACAGCUGACAGGCAUAGGAAAAGAAAACUUUUGGAAAACUCUUCAUUAAACAGCAAGAUAUUAAAAGUAAAUGGAAGCACCACUGCCAUUUGCGCCACAGGUCUCCGGAAUUUGGGGAACACUUGUUUCAUGAAUGCCAUCCUUCAGUCACUCAGUAACAUUGAGCAGUUUUGCUGUUAUUUCAAAGAACUGCCCGCUGUGGAAUUAAGGAACGGGAAAACAGCUGGAAGGCGAACAUACCACACCAGGAGCCAGGGGGAGAACAGCGUGUCUUUGGUGGAAGAGUUUAGAAAGACGCUCUGUGCUUUGUGGCAAGGUAGCCAGGCUGCAUUUAGCCCAGAGUCCUUAUUUUAUGUUGUCUGGAAGAUUAUGCCGAAUUUUAGGGGCUAUCAGCAGCAGGAUGCCCACGAAUUCAUGCGCUACCUUUUGGAUCACCUGCACUUGGAACUCCAGGGCGGUGUCAAUGGUGUUUCCCGCUCAGUAAUUCUUCAGGAGAAUUCUACUCUGUCUGCAAGUAACAAAUGUUGCAUGAAAGGGAUUUACAAGAUGAACACCCCAAAGAAAGAAAAAAAAGAAAAUGGAGCAUCUACAGUUGUCACAGCUAUAUUCGGAGGCAUUCUCCAAAAUGAGGUGAACUGCCUCAUAUGUGGGACAGAAUCUAGAAAGUUCGAUCCAUUCCUAGACCUUUCAUUAGAUAUUCCAAGUCAGUUCAGAAAUAAGCGCACUAAGAAUCAAGAAAAUGGACCAGUUUGUUCAUUACGAGAUUGUCUUCGCAGUUUUACUGACUUAGAAGAACUUGAUGAGACAGAGUUAUAUAUGUGCCACAAAUGCAAAAAGAAACAAAAAUCCACUAAAAAGUUUUGGAUUCAAAAACUACCCAAGGUGCUAUGCUUACAUUUGAAAAGAUUUCACUGGACAGCAUAUUUAAGAAACAAAGUUGAUACAUAUGUAGAAUUUCCACUGAGAGGCCUAGACAUGAAAUGCUACUUACUGGAGCCCGAGAACAGCGGCCCAGAGAACUGCCUGUACGAUCUCGCUGCUGUAGUGGUGCACCACGGUUCAGGGGUUGGUUCUGGACAUUACACAGCAUAUGCAGCUCACGAAGGUCGCUGGUUCCAUUUCAAUGACAGUACUGUAACACUGACUGAUGAAGACACCGUCGUAAAGGCCAAGGCCUACAUCCUUUUUUAUGUGGAACGCCAGGCCAAAGCUGGAUCGGAUAAACUCUAAUACCUCUUCUAAAUCAUUUGUCAACUAUACCGGACAAACAUUUCCAAUUUUCCAUAAAUACUUGAUCUAAGGUUUAAUUUCAUUAUGCACUUUUCAAUGUCCUGUUUUGGGUUUAGUUUUAUUAUGUCAAUGGUAGUGACUUACUGAACAUGGGCACCAACUAAUUUUUUUUUUAGUUCUACCAGAAAACCUCAGCAGAUAUUUUGAUUUGCUGCUUUAGUUGUAAUAAUUCAGUUUUUAUAUAUAGUUUGAAGAACUUAGUUCUGUUUGACUUUUUUAUAUUAAUGUUUUCAGUUCCCACUUUGAGGCACAUUUACAUCAAUGCUUUGUUCCUCUCACAUGCUGAAAGCAAGAUGUGUUCCGGACUGUGAAGAGCAACAUAACUGCCCGCUGCCUUUCCACAGCUGUCGUGGAGAUCAGGCUGCCUCUAAGUCACGGAUCACGUGUGCAUGUAUCUGUGGCCCACAGCACUUCAGUGACUGCUCAGUAAUCACCCUUUUUGAUUGUAAAAGCUAACUGAGGGCACCAUUAAGUAGACCAGGUAAUUGCUGCUCUUGGCAUCUCUCAAGGCUGCUGCCUAUCAGCACUAAAUAAAUUUGUUGGUUCAGUUGUACCUAUACUGCAAAUUCAUGAAUUACACUGUCGUUUUUAUUUUGGGGCACAGAAAAGUCCAAAUAAGAUAAAAUACAUUUAGCAUUUUGAAAAAUUCUGUGACUUGGCUCCAUGGUAUACAUGUUACACAGUUGGGGCUGGGAUCGUCACCUCCAGGGUUGAUUUCAACCAUCACCUACACUUUACGUAACACUGUGGGGUCUGUUUUUAUAGGAGAAAGUUAGUCUUUGAUACUCUGGGUUUUAACAUUGGCCUAUCCUGGUAGCUGAGCAAGUUGAAAAUAUUCUCACUUUGAAUAAGUAGAGUUGCUGUUCUUAAUUUGAGUUGUCUUUGUUUUAAAAUUGUUUUCAGAAAAAUUAGGUACAAGUGCUAUUUAGAUGUAACUCAAAUUGAAAUUUGGAGCCAAAAAUCCCAUCUGAAGAAGGUCACUAUAAUUCUGCAAGUGUUCCAAGCCAGCCUACUGAUUUCUGGAGUGGCGGUGGCAUUCACUUGCAGAUAUGCAGAGAAGGAGCUCCAGAACAGGCAAAGGGCCACUUCAUAGUCAUCGCUUGUCCCAAUCACUGUUUUCCUCCCUUCUCAAUACUCUACAAGUUGUGAAAGCGGCAAAAUGUAUUUCAUGUUGAGCCAGCUAAGCAGAUUUCUUGGUAAACUUGUUUUUUCUAUUAAAAGAAAUGGUCAAGAUUUUUUAAGUAUAUGAAUGUAAAAAAAAAAAUGUCUGGUGUCUAUCCUAGGUCAAUAUUCGAAGUUACAGGAAAGGUGGCUCCAUUUCCACUUUAAUAUUAGCUGGAUAAAUCAUACAUUUUCACAGUCAAAAACAUCUGCUAAACACUUUAACAUGACUAGGAGCAAAUUACAAUUAUGUCUGAACUUGCACUAUCCAGUUCAGCAGUCACCAGCUACAUGUGGUCAUUAAAAUUUUAAUUUUAAAGAAAAAACUAAAAACUCAGUUCUUAGUCCCACUAGCCACAUUUCAAGUGCUGAGCAGCUGUCUGUGGCACAGGACUGCACAGGUUUCAACAGUCCCUUCAAUGCGUACAGUUCUCUUGAACAGUACUGCCUUAAAAUUUCAUUCCCAAGAAAAAUGCUUUGCCAUCACGUUUAUAUAUACUGAAAAUUAGAGUCUAGAAGACAAAUUAAGAGCAAAACAUGUAUUUUAAAAAUACAAUGCUAAAUUACAGUUGACCCUAGAACAACAUGAGUUUGAACUGCACAGGUACAGGAUUUAAAAAUAAAUAUAUUGGAAAAUUUUUUGAAGAUUUAUGAAAAUUUUCUAAACAUUUUCUCUAGCAUUCUUGUAAGAAUACAGUAAAUAAUACAUUUAACAUUAUAAAAUAUGUGUUAAUCGAGUGUUACAGGUAAGGCUUCCAUUCAACAGUAAGCUAUUAGUUGAGUUUUGGGGGAGUCAAAAGUUAUAUGUGGAUUUUCUACUGUGUGGAGUCAGUACACCAACCUCCAUCUUGUUCAAGGGUCAACUGUUCAUUAGAUUGCACCAUACGAGGUUGGGAUUUCACUGUGUUCUA